AUGUCAAUGAAACCUUCAAUAAUGCUACAGAUUUGUACACUCACGUAUUUCUUUCUGUUCAUUAGUUUCUCAGCAGUUACCGUCUCAUCUGCUGAGAUUGUUGUUGAAGUAUCCAGUGAGAGUGAGCCUGAAGUCUCUUAUUCUGAUUAUUGCUCUUCAGUUGUCCCCGAGUCAAUCACGAACUCUAAAACUGACACUGAGAGCUUUGGGCCUUUUGAUACUGGUUAUUACAUUGGUGGAAACCGAAUUCUUGACCCAAAGAUCACCAGAAUCUCAAAUUUAUUGUCAUUUGAAACCAGAUAUGUCUAUCAAACCAAUGCAGAUGGUGUGUCCAAGAUUACGGGGAGCUUGACACUUUACAGAUCAUAUUAUCUGCGAAGUUCAUUCAAUUUGAAGCUACACGGAUUCUGGUCAGAAUCUUCUGGGAAGCUUUGUAUGGUUGGAAUAGGUUCUGCUUACUCCAAAGAAGGUGAUCCCUUUCCUCUUUCAGCAGUUUUCAAGCUUAGCAAUCUCAAGAAUUCAAGUAACAUCACCACUUUAAUUACUGGAACUUUGGAGAGUCUAAGUUCUAGUGAUGAGGUGAAUUACUUUGAACCAAUUUCUCUAAUCAUGUUUCCACGAUUGAAUUAUGAAUACACUUUUGACUCUAGAGAGUCUUUAGAGGAGUUUUCUGCUGAAAGUGAUACCGAGCAGAAUUUUCCAUUCAAUGCGCCUCCAGUUAGAAGAUUUUGCUCAAUAAUAUCAACCAUUGGAAGUGUAUUUAAGUUGCAGUACUCAAGUGACUGCAACUCUAGAAAGAAGAAUUGCCUUCCUCUUGGUGCGCUGAUUGGCUAUUUGCCUCGUGUACUGUCUAUUAAAAACAUUAGGUGUUCAGGGGUACAAAAGAGAAUUCAAGUCUUGGUAGAAUUUAGAAAUAAUAGCCAUGUUGAUGUUGGUAACUAUAUAUCUUUCAAUCCCAACACAACAUUGAUUGGAGAAGGAACGUGGGAUGAUAAGAAGAAUCAGCUGUUUGUUUUUGUUUGCCAAUUUUUAGACACCGGAGAAUCUUGGUCUAGUGCUCGUGUUGGGGAUUGCACAACAAGGUUGAGCUUGAGGUUCCCUGCAAUCUUGUCUAUAAGAGAGACUAGCAGCGUGAUGGGGAAAAUUUGGACCAAGAAAACUGUGAAUGAUUCUGGUUACUUUGAUAGGAUUGUAUUUCAACGAACUGAAAAUCAUAUGGAGGGGGUUCCAGGUUUGAAGUAUGAGUUCACUGAAUUUGACAGAGUAAAGAAUUUAUGCCUGAGAAAAGAGCAGGUUAGAAAAACGGGAGAAUAUCCAAAUGUCCAUUCCGCAGAUAUGAAAUUUGACAUGUUAGUUAAAAGUUCUGGAAUAAAAUAUGGACAGGGUUUGCCAGUUCCUCUCGCCAUUGGUGAUCAGUUCUACAGGCAGUACUUGUAUCCAGUGGCUCAUCGUAGCUCCAUGUUUGAAAGAGCAGUGCCUGCAAACUGGAUACAAAGUAGGCCUAUCAAUGUUAGCUAUGAGGUGAGCAUCACAUUGCAAACUCCCAUAAAUUUAAAUAGAAGAGUUUAUUCUUCUUAUCCAAUUGAAGAGAAAUUGGAAAUUACUGCUGAAGGGGUAUAUGAUUCUCAAACUGGAAACUUGUGUAUGGUGGGUUGCAGAAAGUUUCGGUCAGACAAUGAAGUGUUCCAAAAUGCUUUUGUGGAUUGUGAAAUUCUUUUGAACUUUCAGCUUGCUCCAUUAGAAUUAAAUAAAAAUGGAGGUUAUAUCAAGGGAAGCAUUACAAGCAUGCGAAAAAAAUCUGAUCCUCUUUACUUUGACCGUCUAGAUGUGUCUUCAGCUGCCUACAAAACUGAUCAGGGAAGAAGUUUAAUUUGGACAAUGAACCUUGAUAUUGCAAUGGUUCUAAUAUCUAACACUCUAGUAUGCAUCUUUGUGGGAUUGCAGCUUUAUCAUGUGAAGAAGAAUCCAGAAGUACUCUCCUUCAUUUCACUUGUUAUGCUUGUGAUUCUUACGUUGGGCCACAUGAUUCCCCUUGUGCUAGACUUUGAAGCCUUGUGCCCAAACAAACAAGAUCAAGACAAGGUUUUGUUCCAUAUCAGUGGAUGGUUUAAAUUAAAUGAAGUGAUUGUGACGGUAGUUAUGGUGGUUGCUUUCUUAUUGCUACUUCGCCUUCUGCAGUUAACAGUCUCAGCUCGAUUCCAUGAUGGCAACCAAAAGCACUUGUGGUUUGCUGAGGAAAUGACCUCACUUGUGAUUGCGUUACUGUAUGCUGCCGGGGCCAAAAUUACUCUGCUUGUCGCCUGGGAGAAGUACAGACCACAGCUUUUGUUGCUUCACUCUUCCCCUGUAGAUUACCAGCAUCAUCCUAUUUGCAAUGACUUAAAAUCAUAUGCAGGUUUACUCUUAGACGGUUUUCUUUUGCCUCAGAUACUCCUCAACAUUGUCUCUAACUCAAAACAGAAUGCUCUCAGUUGUUCAUUCUAUAUUGGAACCACUUUUGUUCGAUUGCUGCCACAUGCAUACGAUCUUUAUCGUAAUCACAGCUAUGUUCUCUAUAACAUAUUACAGUUUUCUGUGAAUCUUGACAAAGGUUUUUUCUCUGCUGCUUGUGAUGUCAUUAUUGUUCUGGUACUCCUGUUGCUUGCUGCAAUCAUUUAUUUUCAGCAGCAGUUUGUUGGUCAUAGCAUUCUUCCCCAUGGAUUUAGAGGGUUGGAAGCAUAUCCAGAGAAAGGUCCACUGCUCAGUAAAUCAUCAAGGCCAGUGAAACCUAGUGCAUGA